AUGCCGGUCCGCAAAGCCCCUUGGGAAGGCGGCCCCGAGGAGCUUCAAAUGCUCCGGGCCGCCAUGUCCGAGUCGUCUCUCAUUCUGCACGGCCCUCCGGAUCUGCCUCGCGAUGCUGAGAUCCUCGGUGUCUGUGGAAUUUCAGCCGAGAAUGCCGACCAGAACAAGUACGGUUGGAUGCUAUCGAUUUGUGCUGACUGUAUCUCGCUUAAGACCUGGGCUAGCUCGCUCAAUAUUCAAAAGUUCCUCGAGAAUAUUGACGGCGUUAACACCGAUGACGAGACGGUCCAUAGCAUCAUUGGCACGCACGAGGAUGACAUCAAAACUAUGCCAAACAAUAACAAGGACUUCAAGGCUAUGUUCACGCAGGAACUAGCCAAGAGCGCCCAGGCUGCCGUUUUGCGGGGGACGGUAUUGACCGUCAUGAUCUUUGCCCCCGUCACACCAGAGCAAGAUAUAUGUCUCGACCUCGACAAGAAGCGCAUUUUCGUGACAGUGGACAGCCUCUACCACACAGUCAACGAGGCUACCAACAACGUGCAGCUUCCAGUCAUGAUCCUGACUCCUUCUCCGUUCACCGGGGGCUGGCUAUGCAGAUCCAUCAACCCGGUCGUGUGCCCUGGUUCCGACCAGAUGAUGCGCAUCAUUGCAAAAUCCUCCGGCGGUGCUUUUGCUAAGCGCUUCGUCCGCUCCUUUACUGAGAGAAACUCGCCUCUGAUGACGGAUUCUCAGCGCGCUCGCAUCACAUACGACGACCCGAUGCCCCUUCGGCCCACGGCGCUGCAGACCGACUCUCUCCAUCGAUUCCAGCGUCAGAUUCAUGAGUCAUUGGAGCAUCGGCUCUCGGCCUUUGCCCAAGACCAUGCCUUCAUUCUUAGACCUGAGUCCGCCUGGGACCCCUCUGUUUUCUCGGACACAUGGGCCGAAUAUGGUCCAAGACUGGGGCUUCGCUUCGAACGCUGGGCUGAGCGCUGGGGCUCAACCCGCCCUACCAUCAACCACCCGGAGCGGUUCGAGUUCCUCGGAGAAGCCUUUGGCGGCACGAGGGAGUCUCAGCUAUUCCACUUGACUCAUCUCAUUAAUACCGAACUAGCGACCAACCAGGGCGAUUGGGGCCGUAAGGUCGGGGGUUGUACGGGUGAGCUUUACGCCCACUUCUUGAAGCAGCCGAUGCCAACCGAGGACCAGGCCAAGCGCGUAUUUGACGCCAUCGAGUUUCGCGCCUCUUCCGCAAUUGUCGCGCAAAUGGUCGUCAAAGCUUUCGCCCUCCCGGUGCCUGACGGGGCCAAGUGCCGUUACUGGCAUGACAAGAUGGACGGCGUCGCUGACGAGUACUACCGAAAACUCCAGUACGCCUUCGGUGAGACCCAUGCACUGUUUGAUGCAGCUGCUGUACUUCCUGGCGAGAAUCAGCACGAUUUCAAGAAUGUGCGCUUCUUCAGGGCAGCUCGCUGGCUCUCGGCCGCCAUCGCCUUGCGGUUCGAGAACGCUUCCCGCGAGGAAAUCGAGAAAUUUGUCUCUCGGGAUGUUGCUCGAUUUAUCACUAAAAUCCAGGACGCACAGAAGACUCUGUUGCUGGAAGAUAAAUAUGUUACCCGUGCUGGGGCGGAUUGGUUUGCUGCCCUUGGGUUGGGGGGAGAAACUCUUGCGGUGGCCAAUAUUGCCAACUCAGGAACCGAUGUUGCCCCCGCGCCGGAUGACACUGACCUCGUCGGGCAAGCUCCCAUUGGUCCCCAACUGGAUGGCCAAAAGACCUCGUGGACAAAGUGCACAGAGGCGGAGAACAGCACUGUCUGGAUCGACAUGCAGAAUGUUACUGAAGAGGUGCUCAUCAUCUCGACUCUCAGACUGUCAUGGACGACUGGCAGUACGAGCAACCAGAACGGGCUCAGAAACAGCAGCGCCGAUGCUGGGGGGAAGGCCACUGGCAAUUCUUCUGUCCAAUCUCCCCACAUUGACAAUAAUGUUGCCUCUCGCGAGUCGGCCACCAGCGUUUCCACAUCUCGCGAGGCGAUCAACAGCACCCGAACCUCUUUUGAAACUGCUCAUAGCGUUUCCGUCUCUCACGAGGCAAUCAACAGCUCUCCCGCUUCUUUUGAGACGGCCAACAGCGUUCCCAAGGUGGCCAUCAACGUUCCUAGCUCCUCUCUCCUUGGCGUUGAUGACAACAUGAGCGCCUGGGAUGAGAUCCUCAGCCAACCUGCCGCCUCCAGCAGUGAUCAAAAGAAAAAACAAGCACGAAUCUCGUUCCAAGAGUCCGACGAUCUCCUUGACUUGGAAGAACAGAAUGUGGAUGAGCCUGCUGGUCUGACCUGCACGGGGCCUGCUGUCGAGCAUUUGGAAGACCAGGCCGUGGAUAAGCCUGUCACGCCGGCCCUGUUGAAGCCUGCUGCCAUAUCCUUGGAAGCCCAGGUCGUGGAUAAGCUUGCUACGCCGACCCUGUCGGAGCCUGCUGCCACAUAUCUGGAAGAGAAGACCUCCCGUUUGGCCGAGGCCCUGAAGGAGGUGUCUCGGGAGAUGAGCGCCGGGGGGACUGAGGCCGAGUACAUCGCCCAAGUCUUCAAGAAGGCCGCCGAGAUUAUUGAAGAGGAUGAAGUCUUAGCGACUAUUCGUUCGAAGGCUCUACCCACGCCUAUUGAGAAGACUUUAUUCAAUAGUCCGGCAAGCCUGGCGACUCUCCGCUCAAAGGACGGGCCUACGGCUGCUGAGAAGACCUCAUUCAAUAGCUCGGCAAGCUUUGCUGUCGACAAGGAAUCCAGUACCUGGUCGAAAUGGCUUGAGGCUGCCUCGCCGCGUUCCCCCCAGACCACUCGCGAGGGUAAAGAGAUAGCUAGAAAUGCCAGUGAGGGGGCUGCAGCCGCUUCACCUUACCUCUUGGGCGCCUCUCCUAAAAUCACGGGCGGUCACCCACGCAUGGGCUCUCUGGACGUUCCAAUGCAGUCCUGGGCCAGGCCGAACCCCAUGGGUACGUCGGCCAUGGAACACACUUCAGGCAUGGAGUUUUCUCGGGAGGCCACGAAUAACACGGAGAGCGCCCGGUUGGGUACGGUUCAGGCUGCCACCGCUGUCAAUCAGCUCGCUGGUCAUUCCGGAGGUUGCCUCGAACCUGGCCUACGGCAGCGCCUUUUGGGAUCGCGUGGGCUUCAAAUUCUGACUGUGUGA